AUGAAGUAUAAGUUGGUUGAUGUGGUGUUUGACUAUGUGGCUUCUAGACAAAAAUACUUGGUGUUUUCUGUAUGCAAAACUCGUGGUGAAAAAGCUGGAAGAAAAAAAUAUCGGGCUGAAAAAUUCUGGUUUAGUAGUAGUAACAGUAGUGUUAUUACAUCGUCGUCGUCGUCAUUGCCACAACCAUGUUGGGAAGAGAUUGAAGAAGAUUUUCCAUGCCGAGUAUUUAGUGGGAAUUUAAUAAAUAAUGCAAUUUAUUGGUUAAUAGAUGAAUCAUCUUCAACAAGAAGAGGAGGAAAGAAUGAACUCAUUGUCACGUUUGAUGUUGAUGAAGAAAAGUUCAGAAUCAUAGACGGUCCACCGUUGUAUCAGGAUGAUGAUAAUAGCUUUCGUUUGAUUGAGGUCAAAGGAACUAUGUGCUUAACAGAUUUCAGUGCAGUUUGCAUGACAAAAACUUUGGAGCUUUGGGCUUUGAGAUUGGACAAAUGGGUGACAGAGUAUAAAGUUGAGUUGGAAUUUCCACUUCCAAUGCCGGGAAGCAGCAGAUUUGCGACGAGGAACUGGUAUGAUAUACAUCCCAAGUCUUCGGGAGAAGGAGAGCUUAUUAUAAGUCGCAGGUUAGCGGAAUGUACUACUCCUGCCGUCCCAUAA